UUUUAAACGUGAUAAGAUGUUCGGCACUCACGCAACAAUGAUUGUUUUCGUGCUUUUAAAAGCUUAAAUUUAAAAGUUGUUUGAUUAAAAACACGUAAAAUUUCUAUCGUUUCACAUUAAUUAUAUCUACUCUUAUGUUAUUGUUUUAAUCGUAUUCGUAUUACUUAUAAUUACGUACAGUAGUCGUCUGUAAGUCACUGGAUAAUAUGCUACGUCUAUAAUCGUUCAGACACCAAUGGUUGUGCUUUGAAUAUGUAAUUUUUUACGUUGAUUAAAAUCCGAUUUCUAUAAUAUCAAAAUGAGUACCAAAGUUGAAUUCACUAUAAAACAGAAGACUGCCUAUGAUCCCAAAUGGCUCGGCAUAGAACUUCACGAGGCGUUAGAUGAAAAACGCCUCACUAACUAUUGGAAUGAGAUGAUUGAAGAUUCUGAACUGAUACCUGUGGACAAUAGCAAUUUGUCACAUUUAAAAAAAGAAUCAUCUGGACGGUAUUAUAUUGGUCUUUGGGCAGUAAAUUGCCCGUGUAAAGAUGAUCCAUCUGACAAAGAAUGCAAUUGUAUGUCUUGUAAACUGGAUGAUGAUAAUGAAGUAUUAAAAUCCAAACAAUUGUUUCAAUCUCUUAUGUGGAAACCUAAUUGUAGUAAAGAUGACAUUAAAUCAUUGAUAUCUAUGUUUGCUGCUGAACAAAGAAAACUUUGUGAAGAUAUAUGUUAUUCGACGUUAUUUUUUAACCGAACCCAGCUCAGAAUGGCUAUUGCAUCACGUUAUUUUGGUGCUUUUUAUAGAGAUUCAUUUUUUCAAUCUAAGUCAAACAACCAUAAACAAUCAAUUAUAAUGCACCAAAGUUCUAAACAUUCCAAUAAAAUAGAAAAAAACUCUAAAGAUGAUGAAAAAAUAUCUUUAUUUGCUAAGAUUGGUACACAGACAGCAUUAAACUUCUCAUUUGGAUUUCUAGUAAGCACUUGGCGGUCUGGCAGUAAUUCUGAUCUGUGUACACAAAUGCUUCACGACUCACUUAAAGUAUUGCAAUGUGUUCCUGAUCAUUUUCUUGUCGAUGAAAGUAAUGUUCCUACUUUCUGGAUUGAAACCCUAGAAAGAACAUCAAAGUUCCUAUUUGAAGUUGUUAAUGGAAAUGUUAAUGUAUCUGAAAAAGAAAGUAUCAAUGUAAAUCACAUUCCAAAUACUGAUAGACAGUUUGCUUUAUGUCUUUCAUUAGAACUAGGAUUACAAGGAAAAUCACUGAGCCAGAUAUUACAAUGUGUACUUAUGUUUUUUGAAUUAGGAUCAUGUUGUGAUAAAAUUUACAGUAGUAAUUUAUACAAUUUAUUAACAAUAACACUACGACGCUUAAAUUGGGUAGUCUCAAGAGUUCAAAGUAAUCUCGACUAUGAUUCAAAUAAUUCAAAUAAAGAUAAUGUAACAAAGAGUUUUUUGAAAUUAUAUAGUGAUUCUGAUAAUCCAGAACCUACUGGAAUUAAACAAACAGCUGUUAUGGUUUUAGCAUUUUUAGACCAAAUAGCUGUUACUUAUUUAAAUCUUCAAGAAAAAAACAAUGAAAUUAAAAAUAAACAAAAUAUUGUACAGUAUUGGGGUAAACCAUUCUAUCCUGAAACUAAAAAAAAAGUUAUAUCAACCCUUGAACGUUUGAAUAUUGAAACAGUAGUAUGUUCAAAAAAUGAAAUAUUAGUAGUAACAACUACUGGAAAUCUACAUUUUAUCAGCUAUUCAAUUGAUUCAAUGAAUUUUGAAGAAAAGCAAAUUAUGAAUACACCUGUGAAGUAUGUUGAUGUUUACGAUGAAACAUAUUUAGCGAUAUCUGAAAUAGGAGAAGUGUACUCUUGGGGUGUAAAUGAAUUUGGUGCUCUGGGCCAUGGUCAAAAAUAUUCUUCUUUUUCUACACCAGAACUAAUUUUUGCACUUUCUAAAGUUACAGUGAUAAUGGUUUCAUGUGGAAAAGAUUUCAGUGCUGCUGUAACUGAUUAUGGAAAAUUGUACAUGUGGGGUAAAGUAUUGAAUCAAGGAAAUUGUUGUUAUACUCCAGAAUUAGUUGAUUCUAUAUCAGAAUGGCAUAUUUCUAAUGUUUCAUGUGGAGCAUCUAUUAAUAAUACAUUGGCUUUAUCCAGAGAAGGCUAUGUCUUUUCAUUUGAAUAUAGAAUUCCUGAUAGAAAUUGUGAAGAUAAGUCUUUAAAUGUUAUACCCAGCAUGAUUGUGUUUGAUUAUGAAAUUGUAUCAGUAUACUGUCAUAAUGAUGUAAAUGCUGUAAUUGAUUGUGCUAAUAAUGUAUUUACUUGGGGAAGAGGCGACAACAAUAUGUUAGGUCACAACAAUUCAUUUCGUGUUAAUCGACCAAAAGAAGUUAAAUUUUUAAGUGGGAAACAAGUUACUUCUCUUUCAUUAGCAGAUGAUUACAUACUAGCAUUGACUACUACUGGUCAAGUUUAUUGCUGGGGUCAGUUAGACAAUGAAAAUACUACCCAAUGUAGACCAGUGAAAUGUUUAAUGAAUAGGCAAGUGAAACAAAUUGUUUGCAGUUCAAAUCAAUGUUUUGCCUGGUAUAAUUUUGAAGAAUUUAAUGUUGGAACAUCUACACCAUUCGCAACAGAUUUACAAAUUCAAACAUUGAAUUAUUUGGAACAACUUUUAUCCAAUGAAUUUAAAGAGUACAAAAUGUGUAUUAAUUGGCCUCCAUCUCAACAACAAGAAUGUGUACUAAUAUCAGUAUUACAUUUACUUACUUUACAGUUUCAUUCAAUGAUUAACAAUAAUGUAAAUACUGAGAGUGUUGGACUCAUUGGAAAUUCAAAAUUAUUAUUAAGCAUUCGCCAAAUAGUUACUGAAUUAGCAUCAAAUUCAAAAGUUAUAAAUACUAUUAAAGUAGCUGCUCAAAAUACUUUAAAAAUUGGAUGGCUUAUACUAUUUCAAACUCCUAAUGAAAGAGCAAAUAUGUUAUGUACUAUACUACAACCUUUAAAUUCACCAAAUGAUGAAUCUCAAACAAUUAAUGGCAAUCAAGAAUUCAUGAUUAAUCUUAUUACAAACAGUUUAUUAGGGGACAAUAUCAUACAAACAUUUUUACAAAAAGCUAUUGAACAUGAACACUUUCAAAAUUUUGGAAUCUCUUCACACAAUUUUGAUGAAACAAAUAUAUCUCUUUGUUUUAUAGUAUCUCAGUUACUUAACAAUUAUUUUUCAAGUCUUUCAAUGCAAAUCAAUACAGUUAAAGUAUCUACAAAAGAUUGCAAUCAAUCUCCUAGUUUAAAAUUUAUUAUGACUUUUCAAAGACUAUUAAUAUUAUCAAUAUACCGCCGAAAAAGAAAUAAAGAUAAUAAAAGUAAUAAAUGCUAUUGGGAAUCAGGUGAGGAUAAAGGAUCUGAAAUGUUGCUUUCAAAGUAUUUAUGUCAUUUUGUCAAAUGUGCUUGUCAAGUUAUUAAAUUAGCAAAUCAUGUAGCUUCUCGGAGUUCUAAACAUUAUCAAAUUAUUACUAAAGUUAUAAGCGCUAAUGGAUUUGACAAAUUAUUUAUGGAACUAUUAAUAAGUUUAAUUAUGGUCCAUCAAAAAACACCUUUAUUUUUGCGAAAUAUUGAUUGGUUCAAUAUUUUCAUACCUUUACUUAAUUCUUUGGACACAUUUAAUUCAAUGACUCCAAAUUUAGAACGUGAAGAAGAUGAUAAUUUGUCUUGGCCUGGUUUUUCAAGCUACACUUGUAAUACAUGGUAUAAAAAUGUUGAUGAUGUCUUAUUGAUUCGAAAGGCUGAUUUAGAGAACCAUAAUAGAAAUGGAGGGCACUGGGUAGUAUACAAUAAAAAAGUCUAUGAUGUUUUAGAAACUAGAUCUAAUGAAAUGAGUUAUUCAUUUUCUACCAUGCUACAUUCUUCUUCUAUAUAUGAACAUGUGUUGGCUGAAAUGCCCGAAGAAACUUUGCAGUCUUGUUUUGUUGGAAAUUAUUUGGAUCCUGAUGAAGAUAUUAUUGAACCUAUGGAAUCAAAUCUGUCAGAACCGCUGCUUUUAGAUAUUCAUCGAACUCUUGGUUAUUUGUUGGGGCUCCAUGCUCAUUGGUUAACUUCUUUGUCCCAAUCCCAUUCCAGUUAUCAACAUUUUCAAAGUUGGUUUUCUUUGUUACGAGCUGGUAUUGAUAUUGACAUCAAUAAUAAUUAUGACGAAUGUGCAAAGAUAUUAAUAUUAAUGUAUAAAGAAAAUUGUAAAUCAGUUGAUAGUCAUUUACAAUAUGGACCUGAUCAUCCGGUUGAAGAACUUAUUCAAAUAUUAUCAAGAGUACUAGUGAAACAUUUAAAUUUAAAUAAAACUGAAAUUAAUGCUAAAGAUAAAUCAAUACCGUUUGAGAUCAUUUUUAAAAUUUUUGGUCAAGUUAAAAUUCAAAUCCUUAAAAUAAAACAAGAUAUGAAUCUGAAUUAUAAAGAAACUUGUUCACCUAUUUUGGAUCGUUGCUGGUUUUUACUUAAUGAGUUAAGCCCAAUUAUAUCUUCUAAAGUGAUUGCUGCUCAAAAGUUACCUAUUAUUAAAGCUGAAUCUCGAUGGAAAACUGUCAUUAAUUCUGUAGUUUCAAGUAUAAAAACAAAAAAAAAUGUUAGAAAUCAUAAAGCUCGAAAUCAAUAUCAUCCACUUCAAAAUAAUUCAAAUGAAGAAGAAGACAAGAAAAAGAUUAUUUCAAUGUCCAAUGUGAAAUAUGUACCAAUGAAAAAUAAUUUCAAAAAAGGACUUAAUGAAGAAAUAAAAGAUGCGAAUGAUACAGAGUUGAUUACUAAUGUAAAUAAUUGUAUGGAAAUUAGUAAAACUAUUUUAUCUUUCAUAUUAUCAAAUGUUGAUAUUCAAGAAUUAAGAAAUUUACUUCGUUCGGAAGUUGAUAGAUGUAAUUUAAUACAAACUGGUUAUGAACUUAUAUAUAAAUUAUUUAAAACUCCUACCUCAAUUAGUUCUGUUAAGUAUAGUAUUAUAUCUGGCUGGCUGUCUGUAUUGCCUAAUAGUCAUAUAUCAAGAAACAAUAAUGAAGUUGAAUUUGUAUCAGUUACUUAUAAACUGAAACUUUUAAUUGCUAAAUGUGAUUUCAUGAGAUGUGCUUUAGAACAAAUUAAAUUGCUUGUUUCUCAAAUAAGAGAAAUUCAAAAAUCUUUAGGGAUUCGAGAUAAAGUAGCGACUGUUAAAAAAAUGACUUGGUGCCGAUUUGCUAUAGCAACAUUUGGAUCAAUAACCCAAAUUUUAAAUGGCAAAGAGUCUAGUCUGUUGAUAAAUUCUAGCAUAUUAUCAGUCAUUAACUCUAUUAUAAACACCUUAGAUCUUGCUGCAAAACGGCCAAUUGAAAAAAUGAAUACAAAACAAAUUAUCUAUGAAGAAGAUUUAAAUAAAAUUAAGUGUUUACAAGGAGCUGAUAUCAUACCUUACUUAAAAUUAGGUACUAAGGUUGUUCGUGGUGAAGAUUGGAAAUGGGAUAAUCAAGAUGGUUUGCCUCCUGGUGAAGGUCAAAUUGUUAGUAAAAUUGGUGAUGAUGGUUGGAUUAGAGUACUUUGGGAUCAUGGAGUUUCUAACUCCUAUAGAAUGGGUAAAGAAGGGAAAUUUGACCUAAAACUAGCACCUGGUUUGGAUGCUGGAGAUGAAGAAGAAUCUGAUUGUAAUGUUUCUUGUACAAAUAAUGGUGAAAUUCAUGAAAAUUCUACAGAAAACCCAUUUGAUAUACUCAAAUGUGUUAUGAUAAAAUUUCUUAAUUGUCUUGCAUUGUCUAGUGCUACUACUUCGAUUAAAAAUGAAAAUUCAAUUCAAAUUCUUUCAAAAUAUUAUUACAAUACAUUAGAAAAAGUCUAUUUAAGCUCAAAUGUUUCAAAUGCUAUACUCUUUCAUUCUGAAUGGAUUAAUAUUCCUCUAUUAAAAAUAAUUUCAAAAAUAUCUGAUGAGUAUAAACAGCAAUUUGCAUGUAAACAAUGGAUUGACAUGCUAUUAUCAAUUAUUUCUCAUUCACCUACAGUAACUUCCAGUUUGACCAUUCAGGUUCAAACUAUACAAUUAAUUAAUAUUUUGGUUACAUCUAAAAUAACUGAUUUGACAACUGUUAAAUCUGUAGUUGAAACUCUUAUGGAAGUUAUUGGUUCAUCAGUACUACAAAGUAACUCAAAAUAUGAUGUUAUCGAUGGUAAACCAUCAGUGCCUUUAACAGCUUCAUGUAUGAACACCAUUGCUGAAGAAUGUAUUCUAUUAUUGCGUACACUAUAUAAUAACCAAUGCAUUAAAAAAAACAAUACUAAUGAUUUGAAAUUUUAUUUUGAUUCUCUAAUUGUUUUAAAUCUGAUAUCAGCUACAGAUUAUCUGGCCAAUCCAUCACUAGAAAAAAAUGUUUUUAAAUUACAUGGUUUGUCAUACAGAGCAAUGGCAUCAUUAAUGAUUAUUGGUGGUUUUGAUAACCGACCCAGGAUUGGAGGAAAUGUAUUAAUUAAAGGAGAGAUGGAAGCUUCUGUUAUGAAUAUUGAGAGAAAAGGGAAACUGAAAGUACUUUUACACAAUACUGGAAAAAUUGAAAGUUUUUUCAUCAAAGAUGUUGAUCAUAUUUCUAGCUGUAAAAUGUCUAUGGACUUUAUAACAGAUUCUAUGAUUGAUACAUGGACAACAUUGUUAUCUGCAAUUAUUACUAAUCAAAGUUUUAAAACUAUUACAGGAGAAAUGGUUAAUGAGUCUCUUCUUUGUUAUCAAAAAACAUUAUUAGCUGGUAUGAAAGUGGUUAGUGCUCUAUUACAAAAUCAAGUAUUACUUCGUAAGAUUCUUACUAAACUGACAAUAAGUGAUGGAAAGUCUAAAAACUUGUUUCAAUUAAUAUUAUCAAAAGCAGUUCAACCAUCUCCUGUAAAACCAGAAUACUCAAAAAAAGAAUUAGAAGAAGCUGUUAUUAAUAUAACUCAAUACUUAACAGUUGAUAUUCAAUCUAGUUCUGUACGAAAUUUUAAAUGGUCAAAAUAUUUUUCAAAAAGUACAUUAAAUAUGUUAUUAGCCCAAUUAUCUGAUAUGGGUUUCAAUAAACAAAGUGUCUUUAGUGUUAUUGAAGCUCACGGUUAUACAUCUUUAGAUGCAUUAAUUUCCUUAUUAAUGGAAGGAAGAAAUGAAUGUUUAUCAGAUGUUACUGAUACUUUAUCAUCGUAUGAAGACUUUUCAGAUAGAGAUGAGUCUUCAGCAACAGAAGAAUGUCCUGAAAAUCCUGUCUCUGAUGAAAAAGUAAUAUUUAAACAUCAAAAUGAUUUUGACACUGCUGAUGAUUAUGCAAAUUAUGUGAAAUAUGCUAUUGAAGAAGGCAUGAUUGUAUGCUGUUGUAGAGAAUAUGAAAGUAUUAAAGUUGGAUGUGAAGGUAAAGUUAUUCAAGUAAUAAAAGAGGGAGGACUUCAUGAUCUCAAUGUCAAGGUAGAGUGGAAAUCUAUUGGUAUUGAGUAUUGGGUACGAUAUAUUCAUAUAGAAUUAAUUGAUUAUGGGACUUCGUCCUAUGCAUGUGAUGCAGUAGAUAAUAAUAAACUUGAAAAAAUUAAAUUACCUCAAGAACUAAAAGAAAAUAAAAAUACUAUAUUACUAUCAAAUCAUCCCAAUAAAGAACAAAUUUCUGAAUUCAUAGCCAAAUGUACUUCAACUGCAGAAGAAAAUCAACUAUCAAACUUAUUUGACUGGAAAUCAAAUAGUUGUUGGACUAGUGAAAAUCCUAAUGGAGUUCAUUGGAUUAAAUUGGAAUUUCAGCCAAAUAUAGUUAUACGUUCUUUUCUAAUCAAACUGGAUGAAGAAAAUGAAAAAUUUAAACCAUUAUUUGUAAUUGUGAAUGCUGGAGACAAUUUUAAUAUGAUGGAAGAAAUAAAUCGAGUGAUUGUUAAUUCUUUAGAUCGCACUUUACAGCUUUUACAUUCAUUAAAUAAGUAUCAUAAAUGUAUUGAAAUAACAAUGCGUACUAACGAAACAAUUUGUGUUAUAACUGGACUAAAAAUUGAUGUAGUAAUAGAAGAUCAUGAAGAAUUUGUUGCAAAUUCAUUAACACCCCAAUUUGACUCUGUACAAGAAUUUCCACCACAACCUGAAAUAGAAACAAAAACUAAAGUUGAUUCUGAAUAUGCUGUAUAUGUUUGGGGUUUAAAUGAUAAGGGACAGCUUGGAGGAUUGAAUGGAUCAAAAAUUAAAAGACCAACAUUUAAUGAAGCACUCACUGCACUAAAGCCAAUUGAAAUUGUUGGUGGAUCAAAAUCCCUUUUUAUUGUUUCCAAUGAGGGAAAAGUUUUUGUUUGUGGAGAUAGUAGUGGAGGUCGACUUGGAAUACAGUUUUGUGGCAAAGUUUGCUUACCACGACAGAUACCUGGUCUAAGCCAGUUUGUUAUUAAAACCGUGGCCGUGCAUUCUGGUGGAAAACAUGCAAUUGCACUGUCACUUGAUGGAAAAGUCUUAUCUUGGGGUGAUGGUGAAGAUGGAAAACUUGGUCAUGGUGAUUGUCUUACUUUGGAUUCCCCAAAAAUAAUUGAGACAUUACUGGCCAAAAGGGUAUUUUAUAUAGCAUGUGGCAGUGCUCAUAGUGCAGCAAUUACCUCUGAUGGUGAACUAUAUACGUGGGGUCAAGGUCAAUAUGGUCGAUUAGGACAUGGUGAUGAAGUAUCCCAAUAUACCCCAAAACUUGUUGAAGAAUUUAUUGGAAAAAAUAUUAUUAAAGUGGCUUGUGGGAGUCGAGAUGCUCAAACUCUUGCUCUAGACUAUGAUGGUAACGUUUAUUCUUGGGGCGAUGGUGAUUUUGGUAAACUUGGUAGAGGUGGAAGUGAUGGUUGUUGUACUCCUCAAAAAGUAGAAAGAUUAGUUGGACACAGAGUUGUGCAAAUAGAAUGCGGUGCCCAAUUUUCAGUUGCACUAACUGCAACUGGCCAGGUGUGGACUUGGGGUAAGGGAGAGUAUUAUAGAUUAGGCUUAGGUAGAGGUGAACAUGUACGAAGACCAACCCUUGUCAAUCAACUGAAAUUGGUUACAAUUGAUCAUAUUGCUGUUGGUACAUUACAUUGUAUUGCUGUAUCUACUCAAGGAGAUGUUUAUUGUUGGGGUGAUAAUGAUCAUGGUCAACAAGGAAAUGGUACAACAAAAGCAAACCAAGAACCAAAAUUAGUUACUAAUUUCAAUAACAUAAAAAUUAAUCGUGUUGGCUGUGGUUCUUCUCAAUCUAUUGCAUGGAAAUGCCCUGAAUUACCCUUAUUAAUGUCUGAUGUACCAGUAAAGUUUGCUCGCAUCAAAGAUUCAAUGGGAGCUACAGUUUUAAAUGAAAAUGCUCAAACUAAAAUGAAAAUUGAAGACUAUCAAAACAAUUGUGAAAAAGAUUCUUUAUCAAGAACUAUAUUAUCAUUAGACUCGGCUGCAGCUAAACAAAAUGCUCUUCAGCAUGUUUUGAAUGCUUUGCGAAUUACUUUAGCUCGAGAAAUUAUACUCGCAGCCCUAUCAUCACCUUCUUAUGAUGAUAUAAAUAUAAACCAUGAAAUAAUUCAAUCAGAUCAAGGUGGAGGUGAAGCACCAGCUCCGAUUGUGGAUGUAAAUCUUUUCCAAUUAAGCAGUGCAAUAACCCCAGAUAGUAUAGAAAACUCAUUACAAAUUCCAUCUUCUCUUACUACAUCAGCUAGUACAUUGUCUUCAAAAGCUACCAACACUAUGUCAAUUGUUGCUGCAACUAUAAAAUCAAAAAAUCAGGUUAUUGGAUUAAAUGAUACAUCGUUACUGGCUCUUAAAACAGUUGAUAGCUUUUUGAACACAUUGAACGAAAAAGAUAUCAGACUAUUAUUGGACUUAGCAAAAUUAGCUUCUGUUUAUAGACUUGGUUCAACCGCAGAAUAUAUUUUGCUAAACACAUUUAUUUCUUUCAUAUACUCCAACAAGCAUAUAAAACUAUUAUUAGAAUACUGUGUGUCAGAAAUGGAAACUAUUUAUUCUCAAUGUUCUUUCUUAGUAUCACCACCCUCAAAACACACCGUUCAGGAGAGUUCUCAUCCUUAUCCAGAUGACUCUUAUCUUUCUGGAUAUGUAUCCAUACCAAAUGCAAUUGCUUUGUACAUUGAGUUCAACCAAAACUGUUCAACUGAAAAACUCAAAGACACAUUAACAUUAAUGGAUGGUGCUGAAAAUGUUAUCAGUGUCCGAUCAGGAAGAGAUACAGAAUGGGCUACACCAUUAUUCAUUCUAGGUGAUGAACUUCACUGGAAAUUUAUGAGUGACAAAUCUGUAAAUGGUUGGGGCUGGCGUUUUGUUGUAUAUCCAAUUAUGCCUUUAACAAGACAAAGUGGAACUGAUCGUGAAGUACUUUCUAGACCUUGUUUACCUAUUGUUCGUAGUCUAUUACACGAAUGUCUUAAGCGACAUAAUGAUAUAUCGCUUACUAAACGUCUUACUAUAACAUUAAUGAUGUCAUUACAUUUAACUACACUGACUCUUGAAGAAAGAAUUUGGUGUAUUAAUAAUCUAAGUGGAAUAUUCAAAAACAAUCAAAACCUGGCAUAUGAAUUAUUUAUUUUGCCAUAUGGAGAAGGUAAUAUAGCUGAUAUACUUGUACGUACUGAACGUUUAAUGUUUAAGCAGUUUGAAUACGAAGAAACAGCUGUAUUAUCUGGAAAGCAACUUUGUUAUUCUGAAUAUUUUAAAUCUUUAGUACAUAUGAUGAAGUGGCUAAAUAAAAACUUCCAAAGUUGGUCAUUUGAUGCCUCAUGGUUUGUUGAUUAUUGUUUUGGCAGCGAUGUUGCAAGUGCUUUGAUUAAUCGAGAACAAUUACCAGAAGAUUUUAUUAAUCAUUUGCAUAAAAAAAUUGAAUGCAUUGAUAAGAAUUACAAAAGAGAUGAUGACCAUAUAUUUAUAGACAACUUAAAAUUUACAAAAGAACAUGAUGAACAGUUAUUACAGUGGUUGAAUAGUAAACCUGAUAAUUGGAAUAUGGCUUGGGGUGGAAAUGGUCAAGUUGUAUAUGUUUGGGGUCAUAAUCAUAGAGGUCAACUUUCAUGUUUGGAGUCUAGUCAAGUAAAAAAACCAAUUGCAUGUGAUUCUUUGUCUUUUUUAAAGCCUGUUCAAGUUAUUGGAGGAGAGCAAACUAUGUUUGCAGUUACUUCAUAUGGAAAAGUGUAUGCAUCUGGAUAUACUGAAAGCGGACGUCUUGGUAUUGGUCCUUAUAAUGCCAAAAACCCAUAUGUUGUUACUCCUCAACUUGUCCUAGGUCUUAAUAAUAUUAUAAAGGUGUCUGUCAAUUCAGGAGGUCGUCAUUGUUUAGCUUUAACAUCUAAUGGAGAAAUUUAUGCAUGGGGUGAUGGAGAUGAUGGAAAAUUAGGACUUGGCAAUAGAGUUUCCCAUUCGAAACCUCAAUUAGUCCAAAGUUUGAAUGGUAAAUAUAUUGUUGAUAUUGCUUGCGGUGGUUUUCAUUCUGCUGCAAUUUCUCGUUAUGGCCAUUUAUAUACUUGGGGUAAAGGACGAUACGGGCGUUUAGGACAUGGCGAUUAUGAGGAUUAUUUAUACCCAAAAUUUGUUCAAAGUUUAUUGAGCUAUCAUGUUGUGAAAGUAGCUUGUGGAAGUGGAGAUGCCCAAACAUUAUGUAUCACUUCAGAUGAUAAUGUUUGGUCAUGGGGAGAUGGUGAUUAUGGAAAACUUGGACAUAAUGUUUCAGAAUCAUGUAAAUUUCCUUGCAAAAUUGAAUCCCUCUCGGGCAAAGGUAUUAUUCAAAUUGACUGUGGAUCACAAUUCUCAGUUGCAUUGUCAUCAAAUGGAACAUUAUACACAUGGGGUAAAGGUGAUUACUUUAGACUUGGCCAUGGAAACAAUGAUCAUGUGCGUAAGCCAAAACCAGUUAGUGGACUUCAAGGCAAAAAAGUUGUUCAAUUUUCUACAGGAUCAUUACAUGUACUAGCACUAACCGAUGAUGGAGAAGUGUAUGCCUGGGGUGACAACGAUGAGGGUCAAUUAGGUGAUGGCACAGCACAUCCCAUAUCAAGACCUCGCCCUAUAGCUGCUCUUAAAGGUAAACGCAUUCAAAAAGUGAGUUGUGGAUCUGCUCAUUCAUUUGCAUGGACCAAUGAAGAGGCUUCUUAUAAAGAAAAUGCAAUUCCAUCUAUAAUACCUUUGGAAUAUGAUUUACUACAAGAAUUCAGUAUAAAUGAAUUGAGAAAUCGGUUACUACUUCUGCAUCAUUUCUCAACCAUAGUUAACCAAACUAUUUUAUUAUUCUUGCCAAUACAAGGAGACUUAAGUCUAGAUGCAAUACGGCCAUAUAUGGUGUAUCCAGUGAAAGAAGGCAUUUUUAAAAAAGUACUUCAGUUAUCCAUGGUGAGAGAACAACGACAUGGACCAAUGUUUGAAUUAAAUAGAAUUAAAACACGCAAAACACGAAAAUCCACUGGACAUAAUUAUACUCAUACAGUAUUUGGACAAAUGGUGAAUAACAUGGACUUUUUAGAUGAAGAUUCCUUAUUCCUGUAUCAUCGUAUAUGGAAAGUUCAAUUUGUUGGUGAAAGUGUUGAUGAUUAUGGCGGUGGUUAUAGUGAAAGUAUAGCUGAAAUUUGUGAAGAACUUCAAAAUGGAUCUCUACCAAUAUUAAUACAAACACCUAACGGUCGAGAAGAUACCGGUACUAGUCGAGAUUGUUUUAUAUUAAACCCAUCAGCGACAACCAAAUUGCAUAUGAAAAUGUUUGAAUUUCUUGGUGUAUUAAUUGGAAUAGCAAUACGUACUGGCAGUCCAUUGAGCUUAAAUCUUGCUGAACCCAUGUGGAAACUAUUGUGUGGCAUGAAACUCUUGCCUACAGAUUUAAUUGAAAUUGAUAAAGACUAUGUUCCUGGAUUACUGUACAUUCGAGACUUGGAAGGAGAAGAAGAAUUUACAAACCUUGAUCUAUCAUUUUGUACUACAUCCUCUACUGGUUGCACAGUUGUUUUAAGCACUGAACAUAAACAUGUGACCCAGUAUAAUAAACAUGAAUACAUACAAUCCUGUUUAAACUUUCGAUUACAUGAGUUUAAUGAACAAGUGAAAAUUGUGCGAAAUGGUAUGGCAAGAGUUGUACCAGUGCCAUUACUAUCUUUAUUUACAAGUUACGAGUUAGAAGCCAUGGUGUGUGGAUCACCAGAAAUACCCAUAAAUAUGUUGUUGAGUAUUGUCACAUACAAAGGAGUUGAAGCUCAUGAUAAGUUAGUGCAAUGGUUUUGGGAAAUUUUAAGUGAAUUUACCAAUCAAGAACGAUCAUUAUUCCUAAGGUUUGUUUGGGGACGUACAAGACUACCAAGAACUAUUGAACAUUUUCGUGGCAGAGAUUUUGUUUUACAAGUUAUUGAUCGAUAUUCACCAGCAGAUAAUUUUUUGCCUGAAAGCUAUACAUGUUUUUUCCUUUUGAAAAUUCCUCGUUAUACCAAUAAAGAUAUAAUGAAUGAAAAACUCAAGUAUGCCAUUCAUUUUUGUAAAUCAAUUGAUACUGAUGAUUAUGCCAGAAUUGCAUUGCCCAGAAGUAUGGAAGAGUCUUCAGUGGAUACUGACAGUUUAGUCAGUGAAGAUGAAUCUUAAAAAUCUCAUUAUUCAACUAAGAAAUAUUUUUUAUGUAUUUAAAACCUAUUGU